AUGGGCAAAAAGCCGCACCGUAGUCAGAGAGUCAAAUGCCCCUUGGUGACUCCAAAGGAGUCUCAAGCACAGCGAAUUCGUGCACUUGGAGCAGACAUCUCUGGAGCCGAUGAUGCUGGGCGAGAGUAUCCAAACUUGUGGGAACUGUGGCUUGUCCAAGGGCAGCAACGCGAUAAAUUUUAUCGCGUGAAUGAAGAUUGGUGGGUGGAAGGGUAUGAAGGCCGAGAAACUCUAGAAGGAGCAAUGAUUGGAGAUGAUGCGAGCGAGGAAGAUCUCGUGCAUUCUUGCACUUUGCUGGCCAGAGCUAUUGAAAGUAUGCCACAGAAGCCACAUUCCGCGUUAGAUGUUGGUGCUGGAGUUGGUCGAGUGACGAGGGGCGUGCUGCUGCCUGCUGUCAGUGGACCUGUUUUCCUCGUAGAUCAAUCAGCGAAAUGGCUUAGAGCAGCAAAGACCUACUUAGCUGAAGAUGCAUCUCGAUGUACUUUCAUCCAGAGCAAACUUGAAGACUAUCGUCCUGCCGAAACAUUUGAUCUUAUUUGGAUUCAAUGGACUUUGCAAUACUUGAUAGACCAAGAUGUGGUAGAGUUGCUCAAGCGAUUGUCGCAGUGUCUUUCAAGCCAGGGGGUCUUGGUGCUCAAGGAAAACCGGCCAGUGUACAGUCAAAGCGAAUGCUUUCAAAUGGACACUCCGGGCAAGGAAGGUCGCUUCGACAUCACACGCCCCGAGAAACACCUGGCGGAUGAAGCACUGUUCAUGCUGUUCAUCACGCAGCACAUGGAAGACGAAAGCCAGAAGCUUCCUGGAAGAGUCUUGUGGAAAAGUUUUGUCCAGGUACACUGCGAAGGAAAGAGCUCUACUGCUUGCGUAGAAGAUUGCAAGCCCACACCUGCUGAGAGCAUGACCAUGAAGCUGCGCAGAUUUUAUGUGAUUUUGCCGCUGGAGUUGCACUUCAUGUUCCCGCAAAAUCCGGAGGCCAAUUGGCAGCAACAAUGCGCCUGCGAUUGCGAUGCGGCGCUGUCUACAAGUGUAGACCUCAGGAUGCUCGGGGCGGAGUGUAUGGUCCAUGUUCCUGACAGUGUUCUUACCAUCAAGGACUUUGCUGGACACGUGGCCAGACUUUUAGAAUUGAACCUCCACGGUGGCAAUGCGGAGCCUCCACAAAUUUUGCUGGAUGGCUUCCUGGUACCACAUGAUGAGGAGGUGAGGGAAGUUUUGCGAGAUGAUGAGGUGAUCGAUGUCGAGCCUGCCGAGCCUAGCAUGGCCAAUGGUAGUCUCUCUGCCAAGCGGCAGGCACAGGCAAGCCUUGAAGGUCCUGGGAAGAGGCCCAAAGUUGCACCUGUCAUGGCUCUAGGAUGGCAGCCGCAGUCCAAUGCUGUACCUGAUGCGGAAGAUUCCAAGCCGAAAAGCAAGGGUGCAGCCGCCUCUCCCGUCAAUGGUCACAGAGAGGUUCAAUCCAAGGCAAUCGACAAAGCGAAGGCGUUGGCCUUGGCCACUUGUGAGAGUACUCCUGUCUCCAAGGAAGAAGGCCGAGGAAUUUUUGUCGGAGGCCUUCCUUCAUCGGUCGACGACAAGGAGCUCCGAAAGCACUUUGAGACGUACGGGACUGUUCAGGACGCUACAGUCGUUCUAAACCAGAGAACAGGCAAACCGAAGGGCUUCGGCUUUGUGGAAUUUAGAGAUGCCGGAGUUCGAGAAGCUGUCAUGGAGAAAUCAAUCCAGAUCCAUGGGAAAGUUGUGGAGGUGAAGGUCAGACAAGCAAGAGCAGCGAAAGGGGGAGGCAAAGAUGGAAAAGGAAAGGAUUCAAAAGAUGCCGGAAAAGCCGCAGGCAAAGAUGGCAAAGGUGGCAAGAGUGGAAAGGGGAAGGGAAAAGUUGAGAGCAAGGCAGCGCCCAAAAUCCGACAAACUCAGCCAGCUGACGACAGUGAUAGCGAUGAUGAAGAAGAUGAAGAGGAAGAGGCGAGCACGGCGGUCAAGCAAAAGGAUGAGGAGGAGGCCAUGACAGAAGAGAUGAAGCAGAUGGCUGCCCUUGGCCUUCCAGUGAGCUUUACAGCGAGUGAACAACAAGGUGGGAACGAGUCUGAUGACGAUGAGGAUGAGGAUGAAGAUGACGAGUGA